AUGGUCAAGUGCUCUGCCGUUGCAGUGUACUCAAAAUACUCGUCAGUGAUCGAUCAUCAUCCUGUGUCUUCGGUUGAUAGCACCCGUCCGAUUCCAUCCGGCGCUACACUACUGCAACUACAAUCAGAAUUGGAAGAGCGGUCGCUCAGUUUGGACUACUUGUCAUCUGCAAGUCGAGCUGAACGCUCCACUUCGCGCGGUCUGACACAACUGGAGUCGUUUCUGCUUGCCCUGGUGGUGGCACUUUGCUGCACGCCUAUUGCCAGAUGA